GGCGGCUCCAGCAGCGUGGCUCAGCCUACUUUACUAAGUGUUUACAGGGGGGUUAAAAUGGCAAAAAGAAGCUGACAGGGGGAAUUUGGAAUAAUGUUCAGAGAGGGGAUGUUUUGAUGAAGAGGAGAAGCAGGAUGGACGAGGAAGGCAGGCCAAAGACCUAUGUCUCUACUUUCCGCUUGGCCCUCAAGCCUCAAGCCAGACCUCUGUGUGUGAAGAGGCAGAAAGAGGAUGGACUGGAAACCACUAACAACAAACUGGGAGUCUCAUCUGCAACAGACUCCAGACUGACACCCGUCCAGGCGCUGCAGUCGCUGCACUUCAAACAACCAAUCAGCGACUGCACAGUCUGUGAAGGAAGUGAUGCUACUUUUCAAGGCGUUAUUACAGGAAGUAGGCCCAUGAACAUUUCCUGGCAACACAAUGGCAAGAGGAUGCAUUCAAGUAAUACUUCUUUCAAAAAUGGUGUAGCCAGUCUGGCUCUGACUCAGUGUUCACUUGGAGAUGCUGGGAUGUACACCUGCAUCGCUGAGAACACUGCUGGGAAACGGGCGAGCAGCGCUGUGCUACGUGUAACAGCACCAAAGGAAAUCCCCAGAACAGGCAACCAUGAGCUGCACAGUGAGGUCACGUUCAAGGCUGCUUCAUGUGAAAACACCAAACUGUCUUCAGCCUCUAAAGAGAAAAAGAAUCACAGAGAAGAAGAAGAAGAAGACAAAGAUAUCACAGGCAUCAACCUUCAAACAAAAGUCUCCAACAGUAAAGGACCUCCUGGUGUGGAGUUUCUAGACAGACCAGAGCAGGUGCAGGUGCGAGUAGGAGAGCAGGCCCGGCUACGCUGUGAGUUCAGGAGCAGCUCCGUCCCUGUGGCCUGCUGCUGGAUUUACAACAGAGACAAGGUGGUGGUUGGAGGGCCGAGGAUGUCUGUCAGGAGCAGCGAGACGCACAGCGAGGUGGAGGUCUCUCAGGCCUGUCCGGCCGACACAGGCUCGUACACUGUCAUAGUACAAAACAGAGAAGGCUCUGCCCAGCAUACAGUCUCCCUCAGUGUAGUAGACCGGCCCGACCCUCCCGCAUCCCAGCCUGUUGUUUCCCAGCUGUCCGCCCAGUCCCUGGUCCUGUCCUGGACGGGGCCCAGCUACGACGGAGGAACAGCCGUGCUGGGCUACAUCGUGGAGGUCAAAGAAGAGGGCUCGGACAAGCCGGGGAGCUGGACUGAAGUUACAAGUAGCUGUAAAAGCACAUCCUACCACGUCCGCUCAGGCCUGGAGCAUCUGGGCCAGUACCGCUUCCGUGUGAGAGCCUACAACUCAGCAGGGGUCAGCGAACCAAGCCAGGAGUCUGAAAGUGUCAAGAUGGCGACUGCAAAACAAAAGAAGGAAGAGCCUGAGUCGUACCUCACAGUGAUCAUCGACACCGAUCACAAGGUCAAGGAGCACUACAAUGUGCACGAGAAGCUGGGAGUCGGCAAGUUCGGCCAGGUGUUCCGCUUGUCCCACAAAGAGACGGGUCAGGUGUGUGCGGGGAAGUUCUACCGAGCCCGAACGUCGCAUGAGAGGGCGGCAGCCCGCAGAGAGAUCGAGCUCAUGAACUGUCUUCACCACCCAAAACUGGUCCAGUGUCUGGCUGCUUAUGACACGCGCUUGGAGAUGGUCAUGAUCAUGGAGUAUAUUGCAGGUGGGGAGCUCUUUGAACGCAUCGUGGAUGACAACUUCGAGCACACGGAGCCCACCAGUGCCCGCUACAUGCAGCAGAUCCUGGAGGGCAUGCAGUACGUUCACAAGCAGAACAUCGUCCACCUGGACCUCAAACCGGAGAACAUCGUCUGUGUGGAUACAACUGGUACACAGAUCAAGAUCAUUGACUUCGGCUUGGCUAGUAAACUGGAGGAGGGUAAACCUCUGAAGGUGAUGCACGGCACGCCGGAGUUUGUGGCCCCGGAGGUGAUCAGCUAUGAGCCCGUGGGUCUGGAGACGGACAUGUGGAGCAUCGGAGUCAUCUGCUACAUCUUGCUCAGUGGAGAGUCUCCCUUCCAGGGGAACAGCGAUGCUGAGACUUUUGCUCUCGUGACUGCUGCUCGCUACGAGUUUGACCAGGAGAGCUUUGAGGACAUCUCUGAUCAAGCUAAAGACUUUAUUAGCUCCCUGCUCAAGAAAGACCGGAGAUGCAGGCUGUCAUGUGCCAAGGCCCUCGCCCACCCCUGGAUGGCCUCUUUCACCCCCCUGACCCGCAGACCCACCAAGUCCCUCAAUAAGGGGAAGAUGAGACGCUUUCUGGCCAAGCGCAAGUGGAAGAAAACUGGCAAGGCUGUUUUGGCCCUACAGCGGAUGGCUAACCUCUCUAACAGGCCAGACUCUCCUGGCAGCUCCUCAGAGGAGCCAGGCUGGAGCCAAGAGGCAGAGGAGGCCAUCCAGUCGCUGGAUAAGCAGCUUCAGAGUGAACCUCGCUUCCAGCAGGCCCUGAAGGACACCACCCUUCCCAAAGGAGCAACUGCUCAGCUAACAUGCCUUGUCAAUGGUUACCCGCAGCCGGAGGUGAAGUGGCUUCAGAACGAGAAGCCCGUGUCUGAAUCGUGCAGAGUGUCCGUGGAGCAACUUGAAGAUGGGCUCUGUUCUCUGGUUCUGGCCGGUUUGGAGCCUUCUGACUCUGGGGUUUAUGUGUGCAGGGCCAGCAACAAGCUGGGGGAAGCAAUGUGCUCUGCCAGACUGAGAGUGGAGAUGUGACUGCAGAGAACACCAGAGGAGGCAGCAACUUCAUUCAGAUGGAAGGAGAGCGUUCUGAUGGUUUGAUAAAAGCCUGGAUGGACACUGAUGGACAGUUUUUCACUGCGACACAGAAGGCUUACACACAGUUUCAAGUCAUUAAGGGUGCGUCGUGGUCUUCCACCAUCAAGAGGAUAAUGUUUGGACACACAUACCCAGAGCCGUCUGUUUCCCACCGUUUACUAGUAUACUGGCCAAGUCUGUUUUCUUUUCAUGUGUGGCUAACAACAACCAAAUGCACGUUUUUGUUUUUUUUUGUACUGAAAUAAUGUAAUAUCAUGCUACUGUGGCUGACCUCACAAAUAGUCACAGGAAAAUUGUACAUUUUGCACAUUUAAGUAUUAUUAAAAUGUAAAUGUUUUAAAGACAUUAAAAUUAAAGGCUGAAUUUUUUACAAAGAAAACCUGCUUGAAUUAAAGUAAUUGAAAGGCAUUUCAUUAAAACAACAUGCUAAAAACUAAAAUUAAGCUGUCCAUGAAAAUAAACUUAAAACGGAACCAAACUGAGAAGAAGCUCACUCAGGGUUGGAAAGAUUUAACACCAGUUUAUUAAAGUAUUCCACUGAGGUUCAAGAUGACAUACAAGACGAUGAAAAGCAAAGACACUCGAAGUUUCUCACCAACUGUAUGAACACAUUACAUUUCAUUGGACAAUCCUCAUAAUACUAAAGGACAUUUAUUAUUGUGGACUUUGACAACAUGAAAUCAACCAUGAGCUGGACCCGUCAUGACUUCCACUCUGCUGUCCCUCUUGUCAUUUUCAGGUGCUUUUGGAGAUGUUGAAUGUUUGAAUGGGUACGGGUGAGCUCACGUGGAGAUCAUGCACUCAUUACAAUUCAAGAUUUUUAAACAGAUUUCAUUCAUAGAUUCUGUCCCUGUGUAUUGAUGCAUUUUCCUUUAUUAGUCAAUGUACUGAUCCUGACUUAAUUACCCUUAUUCAACCUGACAGCUACACUGAUAAUAGGACAAAAUAUAACCUAUUGCACAUAUUCCUACAAUACAAGGACCUUGUUUGGUCAUUUAGAAUUCCUCAUAAUGAUAGUGAAUUUGUUAAAAUAUUCUCCGACCCCAAGGCUGCAAAAAUAAAC